AUGCCGUCGUCUCGACUGAGAGGACUCCAGUUGCUGUCGUUGAGCCUCGCUCUGACAUUUGUACCAUCUUUGCGUACGGGACGACCCAAGCCCAAUGUGCAGCACCAUGCAGCCUUGUGGGACCAGUUUCUUCCAAAAGACCCUGUGGAUGUUCCGCUGAAUGCUUCGGCGUUGUCCAACCGCCUGCAGGACGUGAUCUUCACCGUGGUGGAGAAGGGAUUGCCGCAGGUGGACAUCGAUCUGCCUCCAGGGCUCAUCCUUGGGGUGGAAGGUGAGGAGCCUGAUGAAUUGGAACCAAAGAAGUGUUCCAAGGAAGAAGAGUUCCAGGGAGACCGUGAGUUGGCGGGCGGUUUGGUGCAGUUCUUUUACGAGUUCAAGAACACAGUAAAUCUGUGCGUCCUCUUUCGCAAUCGCGCCAUGGCGACCAUCGCCAGGGGCACCUGGGGAGACUUCGGGAAGGCUCGUGUGGUGGGCUUUCCACCCGCACGGCAGAUGGAAAUGGAGGGGGAUAGCGUUCUCUCCUUGGCCCAGCUCCUUCGGAACCGGCCCUUUGUGGCGGCCGUGGCACCCCGGGCGAGGCAGCUGAAAGCCCUGCAGGAACUCUCAGAAGCCAAAGAUGUAAAGAUGCUGCUGAUAUUGUUGAAUGCCAGGGUCCGUUGCAGAUCCGAGGACUGCACGGACAUCCGGAAGGACGUGGCUUUUGCUUCGAACCCGGUCUUUCACGUGAGUUUCGCAGGGCCAAAGGGUGAGGGGCUGCUCUACAAGUCCAUCAACACACCCUGGGUGUUGGUGAGGAGGGAAGAUGGCAAGGAGCUUUGGCGUGGCGAUGACGAGCCGACAAAGGAG